CGAAAGGAGGGCCAUUUGAUUCCUCGUUUCUUCGAAAGCAAGACUGCUCGCCAAAGGUGCAGCAACCAGGACCUAUUCUGGCUUGAAAAGGAAGAGACCACGAAACAUUUCGAUCCAUAUUUGUCAAGGACGACUUUGCGUGGGGAUCGCCGUUGAUCCUUUCAUCCGAACUGCUGGGGCACAGGGUCUCCAAUCCAUCUCAACAACAGCGUUCUCUGAGCGCAACCGACUGUUACCACAUUGCCACCGCAUAAAUACACAUAAGCAGAGCUUCUCGCAUCGCAGCAUGGGAAAAUUCAGCAUCACCGACUUGCCCGACCUGAGCGGGAAGGUGGCAAUCGUGACAGGGGGUACCAAUGGUCUCGGUGAGAUCAGCGUGCGCAACCUCGCGCUCAAGGGCGCCAAGGUCUACUUUACCGCACGCAGCGAGUCGAAGGCGCGCGCAACGAUCGAACGGGCCCAGGCGAAUUUCGAUACCCUCAAAAGCAAGGCGAACAAGGAAGGUGUCACAGUCAAAGGCGAAGAGCUUGACCUGCGCAUUUUGCAAUGCGACUUAACCGACAUGUCGACAGUGCAGGCUGCAGCGCAAGAUUUCCUCAGCAAAGAAGAGCGCCUCGACAUUCUCAUGAACAAUGCCGCCGUUUGCGCCCUCGACCACGAGCUGACUAAAGAUGGCGUCGAGAUUCAAAAUGGGACCAACCUCAUUUCUCAUUACUUCCUCGUCAUGCUGCUGCUGCCGAUCAUGAUUAAGACAUCCAAGCUGCCCGAGUACACGGCAGUCACGCCAGAAAUGGGCGCGAGGAGGACGGUGCGCAUCGUCAACAUGUCAUCGCUUGGGCAUAAGAUGAUCGCUCCUCGACAAAACUGGCGAACACUAGCCGACGUCAAUGAUGGCUUUGAGGACCAGAAGUUCGGCGCUUUCAAGCGCUAUGGCAUGUCCAAGCUCGCGUGCAUCGUCUUUACGCGCGAGCUCGCGCGACUUCUGCGAGACCAGGCACACGAAGACGGUGUCAGCGUAGUAUGUGUCGAUCCAGGGCAAAGUCGAACUGGGCUGCUCAACGGCCCGCUGCAGCAGUACGGCUUCCUGUUCAAGAUCUACAUCGCCUUCUCAUCACCCACUUGGAUCCCUGCCGAGCAGGCCGUCGAGACGCAGCUCUUUGCAGCUUGCUCGCCGCAGGUCGACCAGCGAGCGCUGAACGGAGCGUACAUCCGCGGCAAUGGCAAAGAGAGCCCUAUGAGUGAUGCUGCGGCUGACAAGGAUGGGCACCUGGGCAAAGAGGUCAUGCAGUUCUGCAAGAACUUUGUCAAGGAAAAGUUCGCACUGGAUGUCGAUCAUCAGCUUGGACUGUCCAACCCAGAGGCAGCGAAAGUGAAGCAGAACGAUACCAAGGAGGCAGCAGCACCGACGCAGGAGACAGCACAGCCUGUCAGUCCGGCCGCCUGAGAACUUUUUUGACACCUAUGGCAAGCGGCAGAGAACGGAUCUUGUCCUGACACCAGCGCAGCGACCAACCAUUUUACGUCUGGCGUUUAUCCCUGACGAGCGACUCAUUUUCGCGAUGUAUUGUGACAAACGGCUUGGAAGCAAGAAACGUGAAAAAUGCGAUGAUGAUACCCACACCAAUCACAUCAUGUAUUUUGCGUUGCGUCCUUGUGGAACGUCAAACCAAAUCAUCCGAGCCUGC